AAAUAUUCAACCACCAAAAUGGGUAUCAAGAAAUUCUUUAAAACCAAACCACCAUCCGAAGAAGAGAUCAACACCAAGAUAAGAGACCAAAUGAAUGAAAAUGGUAUACCAAUUAAAUCUCAAAAGCAAAAACCUCAAUUAUUUCAAGCAUAUUCAAAAUUCGCUAAUGAUAAAAGUGAAAAAAAAAUAUAUGCACCAAAGGGGUAUGAAGAAUUUGGGGUGAAUAAUAAAGGUGAGAAGGUUAUAGUGCCUGGUUCCGAGACUGAGAAUGCGUAUGAUGUUCAACCGGGGAAUGGUGGUGGUGGUGCUUUUGAUGGUAAUAAUCCAUACUCUACGAUGAAUUCAAAUAAUUCAAACCCGUAUCAACAGGGAAGUCAGGGGAGUGGGUCAAAUCCUUAUGGUUCGUUGAAUCAUUCCAAUAGUGGUUCGAAUCCAUAUGGUUCUUUGAAUGGCAAUAAUCAAUCAAAUGGUGCUAAUCCUUAUGGCUCGUUGAAUUCUCAAAGUCAAGGUCGUCAAGGUCAUGAUCAGUAUGGUUCUCAAAGUGGUCGUCAAGGUCAUGAUCAAUAUGGUUCUCAAAGUAGUGGAUAUAGUUCUGGUAGAGUCAAUCCAUAUGCUAAAAAAAAUGAAGCCAGUAAUGGAUAUAACAACUCAUAUGCUAAUAAAGUUGCAGUUAACGAAGAUGAAGAUGAUUUGAAUGAAUUGCCAGAUAACGCAUCAACAAGACCUCCAAGUUAUAGACAACAGCAGAUUCAACAUCCAAGAGAUCAAGGAGGUUUUGAUUUUGAAGAUUUGAAUGAAGUUCCACAAGAAGAGGAGGAUUAUUAUUAUCAACAACAACAAGAACAAGAGCAACAAUUGAGUCCUGAAGAAUUGGAGGAUUUACAAAAACAAAGACAAGAGGAUGAAGAAGUUGAAGGGAUCAAGAAUCAAAUCAGGUAUACUAAACAAGAAUCUGUUGCAUCAACAAGAAACACUCUUAGAAUGGCUAGGGAAGCUGAAGAAUCUGGUAAGAAUACAAUGGGGAUGCUUGGUUCUCAAAGUGAAACUUUAUAUAACGUGGAGAGAAAUUUAGAUUUAGCCAAGACUCAAGAUCGUAUUGCUAAAGAAAAAGUUGCCCAAUUAAAUCAUUAUAAUAGAAAUAUCUUGAAACCAAGUGUUCAAAACCCAUUUACAAAAUCAAGAAGAUUAAGAGAAAAAGAAGAACGUAUUAAAAAUGAUCGUUUACAAUCAAAAUUGAUCCAAGAACAACAAAGAAGAGAAUUAUCAACCUCUACGAACAGAAUAAAAUCAAGUCUGAAUGAUAAAGAAGAUGCAGGUGAUACUAUAACUUCAAAAUACAAACGAGAAAAAUAUCUAAAUGAGGCCAAACAAUAUCAAUUUGAAAAUGAUAGUGAAGAUGAUGAAAUGGAGAAUGAAAUUGGUGAAAAUAUUGACGAGAUUGGUAAAGUUGCAGGGAGAUUGAAAAGAUUAGCCAUGAACCAAGGUGAGGAGAUUGAUAGACAGAAUUAUAGAUUGAGAAAUGUUGAUGAUGAGAUGAAUGAAUUGGAUAUUAAUGUUCACCUGAAUACUACAAGAUUGAGUGGGACAAGAUAAGGAG